GCUCAUUCCAGGGAAGGGGGGUCUGCGCCGGUUGCCUCGAGCCAGGAGUCGACAGGCUUCAGGCUGUUGCUGCUUUUGCGACACACUCUGUUUUCGCAAUUGUCUUUCGACGAUAACCAAACAACACGGCUCAAAGUGCAACAUUGUCCACAGCAAUUCACCACGCCCCGAGAGGCUCCCCCUCGACAACGGGCUUUCUGAAGCGCUGGACCACGAUCCAUUGCUACAAGAUUCAAAUCUCCCCAGCCCAGGCUUCUGGGUGUCGUCGCCAUGAUGUCCAACGCCCCUCCUGCGGCCGAAUCUCCUGGGCCUCCAGUCGCCCAACAAUCCCACAACGACACAAAGGGCCCGAGCUCUACGUCGCCUCCAUCGCAGCAGCUUCAUCCCCAAAAGAUUCAGUCGCACGUCCCAGUGCAUCUUCCUCCGACUUCAAACCAGUCACCGUCGUCGCAAGCUUUGUCGCCGCCGACCAAACGAGACCUUCGUUCGUGGUGGAAGAGGUUUCAGGCAAACAACAGCAAGCACCAAGAAACCGUUCCAGAAUCACGACCGCAUGGAAUCUUUGGGGUCCCGCUACGCCAAAGUAUCACAUACGCAAACGUUGCCAUUUCGCUACUCGACGACGACGGAAAGAGCUACAUUUAUGGAUAUGUGCCGAUCGUGGUCGCAAAAUGCGGCGUUUUUUUGAAGGAGAAAGCGACCGGAGUGGAAGGCAUUUUUCGACUGAGCGGCUCAGAAAAACGCAUCAAAGAGCUCAAGACAAUUUUCGACUCCCCCGACCGAUACGGCAAAGGGCUUGUUUGGGAUGGAUAUACGGUUCACGAUGCCGCCAACGUGCUCAGGCGAUAUCUCAACGACCUGCCAGAACCCGUGGUACCAUUGGAUCGUUACGAAGCUUUCAGAGACCCUCUGAGAGGCGCAACAUUGCAGGCUGUUGGAGACGCUGAAGGACCGCAGUUUGUGAAGGAUUUCGAUUUGCCAGAAGCGAUUUCAAAAUAUCAACGGUUGAUCACCGAGCUGCCACCACUCAACCGCCAACUCCUCCUUUAUUUGCUUGACUUGCUCGCCGUCUUCGCCGCCAAGUCUGACGAGAAUCGCAUGAAUUCGCAGAACCUGGCUGCCAUUUUCCAACCCGGGAUGCUUUCUCACCCGAACCACGCCAUGGCACCCGAAGAGUACCGGCUCAACCAAUGUGUCAUUAUAUUCCUUAUUGAAAACCAGGAUCAUUUCCUCAUUGGCAUGCAGGGAACUGCUGCAGACGAGAAGACUGUUCAGGAGGUGCAGAAAGGUACCCCGCCAGUGGUAACUCCAGUCACUCCCGGCGCGUCGCGCAAGUCGGGCGUACACAGGUCAGCGUCGAACGCCAGUGCUGGCGCGGAGAGUGUCGCACGUGACGGCCAAAUACGGCGAAAUCGAUCGGUCUCAUCCAGGCAUUCGCGGCACUCCAACGGCGCACCAAGCCCUGCAAGCCCAGCGCAUGGAUCGGGUGCAUCUGGUGGCUUGGCGAGGAGUAACACAGUACCAUCCAAAAAGUCCCCUGCUAUCGGCACAGGCAGGUUCCACAAGAAGGGAGAACAAUCAGGAGCACCAGUGGUACCACUAACCCCGGCGACUCCAACCCCUAUCCCCCCAUCACCGAUAGUAGUCGAUGCUGGCAGCCCAAUGGAGGCAAUCGGUCGAAACAUCCAUUCCACUGCUGCUCCACCCAGUUCAAACAGUACCCAAACUCUCUUGACAGUCGACCAUACUGGACUGGGAAGCAAAGGUCAAGAUGGCCUCCUGGAUCCCACGACUCCGGAUGCAUUGACCCCGUCCCGAGAACGCAAACUACAGAGCCUCUUUCAGCGCUCGCCAGGGAGUGAUACGGAAUCUAGGACGCCCAACAAACUCCGCAAAAAGCGCUUGGUAAGCAGUCAGAACCCUAGUGCGCAAAGUUCUACUGCGUCCCUGCCGCAUUCUCAUGCGGGUGUCUCUCCCGGUGUCGAGCUUUCGAACCCAAUGGAGCAGCCGCCGUUGAAACCACUGCCGGAAGCGCAGCAGAGUUCCCCAGGUCCACUGAUGCCGUCGUCAGAGAGCGCAUCGGAUGCAACGCCUAGAGCGCAAAACCACUCUCCCGAAGCAAAUAUGCACUACCAUCAUGUUCCCAACAACGACACUAGCUUGAAGCCGCAAAAUUCGCACACACAAUCUCUACACAGUUCCUUCAACGAGGGCUCAGAUAUUGAUCAGGUUGAUGAAUCAGCGCCACCAGUAGCAUCCGAUCAGCCAGAACCAGAAAAGGAUAAGAAACGACGGUGGCGGCUUUCUAGAAGGAAGGAAGAGAUGGGGGCUACGGCUAGCCCUGGACCGCCGCCUGUCCCGACAUCUCCUCGUAAAGUAAUUGGGACGAACACACACGCAGAGGCAAGCACAAGUUCAAUUGGUAGCGGCAGUAGGCACCAUCGGCGCAGCUUCAAUGGCGAGCCAGUCGACAACAUUUUGACUGGAAGCACGGAUGCCCAGUCGUCUCAUGAUUCGGCCAGUAAAGAGGGCAGGGAUGAGUCUCGAGGCCUGACGGGAUGGUUUAAGAACAAGUACCGAGAGGCCAAAGAGAACCGUGACGAGCGUCGGAACAAGUCACCGCCGCCUGCACAACAAGACUCCCACUUCAGUCCGACCAACAUGAUGGUGACACGUGGGAAGAGCUUGGAAAUUACCAGGCCACCUGUUGAGGAUAAGGAAGCACCCAAACCAUAGGGCUGAAUAUCGCGCAGGCUGAAAUGUAUUGCAGGUGGAGAUAUGCGUGUUCUUGAGCGUUUUAUGAUUAUUUGGCGUGGUUCUGAUUUGUUUUAUUCCCCCCAACAAAAACCCCAAAAGGUCGACCUAAAAGAAAAGUGGUGAUAUCGGAAUGGAAUUACUCUACUUCACCUUGUGCAGUCGCCCCUCUUUCUCUCUCCUUUUCUCCCGUCGACGACUGAGGAUACCCCAUGGUAGUUUGCUUCGUUUUUUUUUUUUUCUGUUUUUCUUUCCCCAAAGUUUACACCCAUUACACCCCUGUUGAGGAUAGGAUGGCUUGGUUUCUUUGCUUUCGGAGGAUGGAUUUCUCAUAUAUAUCAUAUAACUAAAACAAAAUCCCGGGAGGCUAUUAACAUACGAGCGUUAUAGCAAUGAGCUAACCGCCAUUCCUCGAGCUCAAUUCCUGUACUAAUGCACACAAAGCAACACACUCAAGGUUGACCUGUACUAGUCUAGUCUCUUACUACUAACUCUAUAUAUCUCUUCAAUAUAGCUUGCUACUAGCUUUGGUAAUUUGAAC